GUCACACUUGAAGAUGGGCAUUGUGGGAAUGCCUAACGUAGGCAAGUCUACGUUGUUCAACUUGCUCACGCGCGUCGGCGUGCCUGCUGAGAACUUCCCCUUCUGCACCAUCGACCCCAACUCCGCGCGCGUCAACAUCCCCGACGACCGCUUCACCUGGCUCUGCUCCCUCUACAAACCCAAGUCCUCCGUGCCCGCCUUCCUGGACAUUGUCGACAUUGCCGGCCUGGUGCGGGGCGCCGCUCAGGGCGAGGGGCUGGGGAACGCCUUUCUGUCCCACAUCGCCGCCGUGGACGGAAUCUACCACGUGUGCCGCGCGUUCGAGGAUGCUGACGUCAUCCACGUGGAGGAUCGCGUGGAUCCCGUUGCGGAUCUGGAGAUCAUCCAUUCCGAGCUGCGAGCCAAGGAUAAGGCCAAGAUUGAGGGCGUGAUUGAGGGGAUCAACAAGCUGAAGAGCCGCGGGUUGAAGAAGGAGCAGCUGGAGGAGCUGGAGUGCGCCAACCGCAUCCUGGAGCACCUGAACAAGGAGCAGGACGUGCGGUUCGGGGAGUGGGGCGCCAAGGAUGUGGAGUGGCUGAACGAGUAUCAGCUGCUGACGGCCAAGCCGGCGGUGUACUUGGUCAACAUGAGCGAGGCGGACUUUGCUCGCAAGAAGAACAAGUUCCUGCCCAAGAUCCACGAGUGGGUGCAGGCGCACGGCGGCGAGCCCAUCAUCCCCUUCUCCGCCGCCUUCGAGAACAAGAUCUUCGAGAUGCCGGACGACGAGAAGGAGGCGUACUGCAAGGAGAAGGGAGUGGUCUGCAUGCUGCCAAAGAUCAUCACCACCGGCUUCAAGGCCAUCCACCUGAUCUACUUCUUCACGGCUGGGGAGGACGAGGUCAAGUGCUGGCAGAUCCGGAAGGGCUCCAAGGCGCCGCAGGCGGCAGGGACCAUCCACACAGACUUCGAGCGCGGCUUCAUUUGCGCCGAGGUGAUGAAGUACGAUGAGCUGAAGGAGCUGGGCAGCGAGUCGGCGGUCAAGGCGGCGGGCAAGUACCGGCAGCAGGGCAAGGAGUACGUGGUGAUCGAUGGCGACAUCAUCUACUUCAAGUUCAACGUCACGGCCAGCGGCAAGAAGUAAUGAGUGGG